AUGAAAAGUUAUGCUUACUCCGGCCAAGACAGAAUUCAACAGCAACAGGCUGAGGUGAAUGAAGUUGUUGGGAUCAUGAAAGACAAUGUCGCACGAGUUUUGGAAAGAGAUCAAAGACUGUCAGAUCUCGACCAUCGAGCCGAUGAACUUCAAGUGCAUUCAAGGGAAUUUGAAUCGAUUUCGCGAAACAUCCAAAGGAAGUACUUUUGGAGAAAUAUGAAGGCGAAUGUGGGGCAUCAUUGCUGGCGUCGUCAUUGUCCUAAUCGUCGUUAUUAUCAUUUGGGCAACUGCGGGUCACUCGUAGAGGUGUCAGGAUUUAUAUUAACCCACCAUCAUUGCCCUUCUCUCCUUGUCACUGUUUUCAUUGAUGCACAAUGCCGGAGGACGAAAGUCAUUAGAGCUUUCACAAUACAUCCUCCUUUUCAAUUCCCAUCUCUCCUCUUUCUUGAUUCGUUCUUUCAUGCGUUACAGACUGUAAAUUGUCCUGCUUUAUUAUGCUUGCACGGUGUUUCUUAUUGCCUCGGUUUAUUCUGA